AUGGGCGGCCGCAGGCCCUGUUUCGCCGCGCUGGUGCUGAUACCGGCCAUUCUCAGCCUCUUCCUCCUUCAAGGUAGCCGAAUUGCGCAACCCACUCUCCAUACCCUCUUGCUGAAAUGCUGCCGUCGUCUUCCUCUUCUAGGGUUUGCGAGGAACGUCAAGACGGCGAAAUUCGACGGGGAGACCUUCCGCACGGUGUUCCCGGGGGUGGGUUCCGUUCCGGUCGUCGUCAUUUCAUCUUCGUCGUCUUCUUCGUCUCCUUCCUACUCCGUUCCAGAUCGCUUCGAUUCCUCAAGAUCCGUUGGUUGCAGGGGAGAGCGACGGCGAAACUGCUAGAAUUCUCGUCGAUGGACUACAGCGAGCCUGGCGCCAACACCAAUCCCCGCGCGGGCUCCUUCUGGGGCAGCCCCCUCCCCGGCCACCCGCCACCGCCGCCGCCGCCCCAAUCCGUCUAUUGA